CUAGAUGUCUAUGGUGUUUAUCCGAUUAUUUCCGUUCGUUAUCGUCUUCAUGGCACGCUGGUGCAGCUUACGAUUAUAGGAAUGGGCGCGAGAAUCCUUCGAGAGCUGAUGUCAUAACAUUCCAAAGGACCAUUCUCGUCUCAAGAGACCCUGUAAAGGACAGAUUUGACAUCAGCUGACUUCGUCUCCGAUGUCCAUUCAGAUUCCGUAGUCGAAGGAUUCUUGCUUACGAUGUCGCUCAUCUUUCAAGGAUGAAACUUCACAUGAACUUGGUGUUCUUACUGGCGGUGGGAACCCCAUUGCUCCUGAGUGGUCUGACUUCGGCCUCGGCAGACGUCUGGAAGGUAGACCUCGAGCAGGGCUCCAUCGAAGCCCCAAGGACCAACACGGCUGAGGGGACGCAUUACUACGCCUUCAAGGGCAUCCCCUUUGCUAAACCUCCUGUCGGGGACUUGCGGUUCAAGAGUCCACUGCCUCCCGGGCCAUGGUCAGGGGUCAGGAAUGGAUCAGCUCCGAGUCCGAUUUGUCCUCAGAUAGACCUGACGUCCUACGUGACCGGAUCUCUGCAAGCAUCGGGGAAUGAAGAUUGCCUCUACCUGGACGUUUAUGUGCCACAGAAGAACGCCUCCAAUUUCCCUGUCAUGGUGUGGAUUCACGGCGGGGGCUUUAUCCUUGGAAGCGCCAGCGAUAGCAUCCCAGUCCCUCUGAUGACGGAGGACGUCGUGGUGGUCACGAUCCAGUACAGAAUUGGCGUUUUAGGAUUCUUGUCAACUGCGGACUCCGUUAUGUCUGGCAAUUACGGCCUGAAGGAUCAGGUGAUGGCCCUUCGUUGGGUUCAGGAUAAUAUUCACUCCUUCGGGGGCGACCACAAUAGGAUCACUCUUUUCGGCGAGAGUGCUGGAGCGAUGUCCGUCCAUUACCUCAUGCUGUCGCCCAUGGCCAAAGGCUUGUUCCACAGAGCCAUUGCUCAGUCUGGCACGGCACUCGUCCCACUGCAGUGGAACGAAGAUCCUAGUCGGGAAGCAGCCACCCUGGGUCAGAUGCUAGACUGCCCUGGGGUCAACCCUGAAAACUUAGAUUCUGAAUCCCUUAAAGACUGCCUGAUGAAGGUGUCUCCGGAGAAACUGGUUCUGGCUGCGAAAGCUUUUUCGACUUUCAUGGACUCACCCCAAAUAAUACGACCAACGAUAGACGGAGAAUUCUUGCCUGAACAUCCUGCCAAGAUGCUGAAGGAAGGAAAGUACCACAGAGUGAACUUCAUGACAGGAAUCACAAGGGACGAAGGGGCCAUGUUUGUGAGACGACUCCUGAUGAGUGAAUCGAUGACACAGGACCUAGCUACCAACUUCUCGGCCAUAGGACCGACCUUCCUGAAUAUCCCCGCUGGACCCAAUUCGUCUCCCGAAUAUAUGGCCAAGAGGAUGUUCGCUCACUACGUCGGGGGCUUCAACGUGACAGAGGAAAACGCCGAUGGAGCCGUUAAGAUGUUCACAGACUACUGGUUCGGUGUGCCUCUGGACAUCGUGGGAAAGAUGCACGCAAGAGAUGCUGAUUAUGGCCACAAGACCUUUUUGUAUGAACUCCAUUAUUCCGGAGAGUUCUCCUUCUUGGACUCGCCCAACAUCACCGUAGGGAAGAAAUGGGUGGGCCACGCUGAUGACCUCCAGUAUCUGUUCAAUUCAGUCUUUCAACCUCUAGCUACACGACCGACUGACUUGUUCAUGAGGGAGGUUAUGGUUUCUCUGUGGACGAACUUCGCUCGAACUGGGAAUCCUACACCGGAUAUGUCCCUUGGUUUCAAGUGGUUACCCGUGUCAGGAUGUACUCCAAAGUACCUGAUUCUGCAGCCUUCUCCUUACAUGAAGAAAUUCAGCAGAGAUAAGGAAGUGGAAUUCAUGACAAACCUCCCCCUGGACUACAAUGUGAUCCUGUAUCCGGAGCGGUUUACCAUCCAAGAGAAUUAGAAUUGGAAGAAG